CAUGAUAAAAUUUUCCUUAUAUCUAAUUGUCCCCUCACCACAUAUUGUAUCCAACAUGUCAUCUAAUUUUUCUCAUUUUUUAUUUUGUUUCGUCCAUUGGACUUCUGGAUAAAAUUACCAGUAUUCAUAAAAAUCUUAGUACAGAAUCUUGAAAAAAAAAAAGGAGGAAGCAUAUAGAAAGCAUGAAAAGAUAGAGAAAGGGACACAUGGAGAUUCGAGUAGCACAACAAAAAUGGAAACUGUACAAUAAUGGAAACUUGUGGAAAUAUUGGAUUAGGGCUCAAAAAGAAGAAGAAAAUGGGGAGAAGGAAGUUGGAAAUUAAGAAAAUUCAAGACAAAAAUUGUAGGCAAGUUACUUUCUGUAAACGCAGAAAAGGUCUAAUGAAGAAAGCCAAUGAACUCUCAAUUCUCUGUGAUGUUGAUGUUGGAGUUGUUAUAAUCUCCAACAAAGGUACUGGCAGACUCCAUGAAUUCUCCAACACCAACAGUGUGACAGGGAUCCUUCAACGAUAUGAAAGCCACAUCAAAGAAGAAAAAGAGAUCUCUGGAGAGCACUCUAAAUACUCAAGCAUGAAAAUUGGAGAACUGCUACAAACAACAGAAAGGCAAUUCGAGGAAACUAAUGCUGAUGGUUUCGCUGUGACCGACCUUGUCCAUUUGGAGAACGAACUUCAAACUGCUCUAAUACAAAUCAGAUCUACAAAGACAUAUUUGAUGCUUGAAUCGGUUAAGGGUCUUCAUGAGCAGGAAAAACUGCUGCAAGAGGAAAAGAAACUUCUGAAGAACAAUCUAAGAGCUCGGAUGAAGAAAAACAGAAAAGUGAAUGGGAUGUCGGACCUUCCACCACAAAGGGUGACCCUGAAUUUUCUCUAGUGAUACUAUUAUCAGCGUAUUUGUCAAUUACCCUUGCUGUGGCUCCAGGUGAAUAACCUGCAAAGGACAUGCGGUUCCUGUAUUUAGUGUCAGUUUCUACAUGAAAUAAGCAGGGACUUCAGUCAUGAUUAGCAAUAAUACUGAGUGGUUUCAGUAGAAACUAGUUGUUCAUGGCCGCAAGAGCGGUACCAAAUUCAGACUCAACUCUGAGUACUAGAUAUAACUUUAAAAUAACAAGGGGACAAGAUCAGCUGUCCCUGUGACCAUGUAUAAUUAAUUAGUAUGAUGUUGUAAUUGUGUUUUCGUUCUUAUUUUCAUUUCUCUCGGAUGAUGAUUGAUUUGUUUCUGUACUUGACAGAAACGAUAGGGCAAUCAAGUAUUGAAAGUGCCAUCACUCUUGAGAAAUACUUUACACUGUAUAUGAGUAUGAUAUAGCUAUUUCACAUAGUUCUAAAUGCUUGUGCUACGA